AUGGCAUCAAGAGCAACAUCCGUUUUCCUCCUCUCCUUUACGCUAUCUUGUGCAGUCAUGUUGCUUGUAGCGAAUGUAUCAAAUGCAGAGAGACCUCUCAAUUUGCCACCAUUAUGCGGAUCGAAAAGUGAUUGCGAAUUCAUAUGGUGUCCUCAUGGAAAAGGAGGAAAAGGAGAGUGUAUAGGGUGGCCGUGUGACACAACGGAAUAUUGUAUGAAGAUAACACAUCAAGUGUUCUUGAACUACCGAGGAGACCAACUGCGUUACAACUUCGUAAGCCACCUCAUUGAUGCCUUCGAGAGACACGGGAUCAGCAUCUUCGUAGACAAAUACGAGAUGAGGGGUAAAGACCUCAAAAAUCUCUUUGUUAGGCUUAAGGAGUCUAGGAUCGCACUGGCCAUCUUCUCUACCAGGUAUGCGGAGUCGAGCUGGUGUAUGGAUGAGUUAGUGAAGAUGAAGAAAUUUGCGGAUAAAGAAAAGCUGCAAGUCAUUCCAAUCUUUUACAAGGUGAGAGCAAGAGACGUGAGAAGACAGACGGGUGAGUUUGGUGACAACUUCUGGAAGCUCGCGAGAGCUUCUAGUGGAGAUGAGAUCAAGAAUUGGAAGGAAGACAAGAUGGGUUUGUCGCUCAAAGACAUGAGCUCUGAAGCCGAUUUUGUCAAGGAAAUUGCUAAGGAGGUUAUGAGAGUUAUAACAGCAAUUGGACUCGAGGAAGAAGAAAAACAUCUAGGGGGAAAAAAGAGAAAGGAUUGCAAUCGCCUAUGUCAGCUUCCUGAUUACAAGAGGGCCAAAACCCAAAAAGUUGUGACGCAAAUUAAUUUUUCCGUAUUUUGA